AUGUGGGAAAUACUUAUAUUAUUAAUAUUGUCCGCACUAGCGUACAAAAUCACAGAUGGACUAAUACCGAACCUCAAAGACCUAUUUGUGAAAGCCGGCCUAUACGGUGUGGACUUAUGUAAAACUAAUAAAGAUAAAAUCCCAGAAGCAAUAGGUGUGGUGUCUGGAUGUGUCUUCUUGGUAACAAGCUUCUUAUACAUCCCCAUUGUAUUUGGAAAUGGCUUAAUGGAUAGACAACAUUUCCCGCACAAUGAGUUUGCAGAAUUACUGGCUGGACUUUUGUCAAUUUGCUGCAUGCUACUCUUAGGGUUUGCAGAUGAUGUUUUAGAUCUGAGAUGGAGGUAUAAAUUACUGCUACCUACAGUUGCAUCCCUACCUUUGCUAGUAGUUUAUUAUGUUAAUUUCAACUCUACUACUUUUGUAGUCCCCAUACAACUACGAUAUUGGCUGGGUGUUUCAGUUAAUAUUGGAUUUCUAUACUACAUCUAUAUGGGGAUGUUAGCAGUAUUUUGCACUAAUGCAAUAAACAUACUGGCUGGAAUCAAUGGCCUUGAAGUGGGGCAGUCUGUUAUUAUAGCGUUAUCAAUAAUUGUUUUCGACAUUAUUGAAUUGAGAGGGGACCAGUUCAAGGCUCAUAUAUUUGCACUCUACAUUCUGAUACCAUACGUUGCAACAACACUAGCAUUAUUAAAGCACAAUUGGUAUCCUUCAAAGGUUUUCGUUGGAGAUACGUUCUGCUAUGUAUCAGGCAUGACAUUUGCUGUUGUAGCUAUUUUGAGUCAUUUCAGUAAAACCGUUUUACUAUUUUUCUUACCACAAAUAAUUAAUUUUCUUUAUUCAGUGCCUCAGUUAUUCCAUAUUAUUCCAUGUCCAAGACAUCGUUUACCUAAAUAUAGUGCUGAAACUGACUUACUCACGGCAAGUAGAACUAUUAUAGCGAAAAAAGACUUCACUUUCUUGACAAAAUUUAUUCUUCAAGUCUUAACAAUUCUACGUUUAGUCGACAAAAUAGAAGAUAAGGAAAGUGUAACAAUUAAUAACAUGACUGUAAUAAAUUUAUUUUUAAUUAAGUUAGGGCCACAGUCGGAGGCUCAAUUAACGAAGAAACUUCUGUGUUUUCAGGUCUUUUGUACAUGCAUAGCUUUUGUUAUAAGAUACCCAUUAGCUUCAUAUUUUUAUGACAAGUUAGAAUAA